CAACAAUAAAAAUGGCGUUUCUCGUCGGACAAGAACUGAUUUCUGCGCGAUAUUAGCAUUAGUUAGUUAAAAACAACAUAAAAGCGUGGACAAAGAAACAACAAUUACGAUAAAUAAUGUAGCUUAACUAUCUGAAAUCGAAACAACUGUUGUAAAAUCGAAAGGUUCGCUGCUAACGUUCUUUUAUCCGUAUUCAGUCGUCGCCGUUGUCGUUGUUCAUAGUUUCAUUUGCUCUCUCGUCGUCUCUCCUGUGGUGCAUUUGCAGCCAGAGCCAACGUAACGAGACCAACACUUAAACAAUCCAUGAAUUAUAAAUAUAACUCUCUACAAACAAUGACACACGACUGCUGCAGCCGCAACAACAACAAUAGUAAAAACAUAACUCAAGGCUACGGCACCUGUGGUCGUAGUAACAAUCCCAAACUGAGAUAUAUAAUUCGUUCUUUUUCUGCUGUCUCCUCCUUCGCAACUGAUAUAAUUCAUUUAUGCUGCCAGUCAGCAACAAAAACAACAGCUACAACAAUUAAACGCCCAAAAAAUGAACAACACAAUUGUCGGACUGACCAAUUGCUUUAUCACUAAAUAACAUAAAUAGUUCGACUAUAUAUUUUUAUAUACAUCAAAUAUCUAUAUAAAAUUAAUAUCAUCAACUAUUAAAAGUCUGAAACUAUGAAUAAAUUGGAUUAUCCACGUCGCAAUGGUACACACAAAGUUCGAAUAACGCUAUUGUGUGCAAGAAACUUGGCGCGCAAGGAUUUGUUUCGGUUGCCCGAUCCGUUUGCCAAGGUCCAGGUGGAUGGCACCGGUCAAGUCUACUCGACGGAGAUUAGCAAAUCCUCUCUGGAUCCGAAAUGGAACGCGCACUACGAUCUAUUUUUGGGACGUGGCGAUUGCAUAACCAUUACAGUGUGGAACCAGCGCAAGAUACACAAAGGCAGCGGAUUUCUGGGCUGUGUGCGCAUUCCCGCCUUGACCAUACAAAGCCUCAAGGGAGCAGGCUUUCAACGACUGGAUUUAGGCAAACUCUCGCCGGACGACGAUGAGUUGGUGCGCGGCCAGAUUAUCAUCUCGCUCCUGCCCAAGGAUGGACCGUGUAGCGGCAAUCCACUGGCCAUUGUUGGACCCAGUGGAGAUGUGCGCGGCCCAUCGGAGGAGGACUCGACCGAGGAUCUGCUGCCUGAUGGUUGGGAAGAGCGACGCACGGACAACGGGCGCAUCUACUAUGUGAAUCAUGCUACCAAAUCGACGCAAUGGGAUCGACCCAGAGCCGCGGCAACGCCAGCGGGGACCAAGUCGCCGCAGCAGCGACAAAACAAUGGCAACCAGCCACCGGCGGGUCCCACGCGAUCCACCACCUGCACGAAUCUGCUCAACGGCCAUAGCAAUCGUCAGGCAACGCGCGAGACGACGGACGAGCGACGCCACUCAACCGAAAUACUCUCGAGCGUUGGCGUUGCCGGGGGCAAGGAGAACACCAGUCCGACGUCGGGCACAACGACAGCGUCAACAACAGCGACGACGCCGGGCAAGAAACUGAACUCGAGUCGUGCUGGCAAUGCGGCACUGGAACCCGCCACGCCCAACAACAGCAGCAGUAGCGGGAGCAGCAGUAACAAUACAACGACAAACACAACGGGUGCGGGAACAGGAACGGGAGGAACAACGACGGCGACUGGUCGCCUGCACAUCAGCAACACCAAUAGCAACAGCAACAAUGACAAUCAUCUGAAAACGCCAAAGCAUCAAACAUCCUCCACGGCAAUGAAUGGGCACGGUCAUGGGCAUGGACAUGGACAUGGCGAGGCGACGCCCACAUCGCCAACGGGACAACAGAACUAUGUGAAUGGCAAUGCGCAAAGUGGCCAAGCGGCGCAACCGCAACAGGCCAACAAUGGCUGGCCAACUGCCGACGGGGAUGGCAGCACAACACCAGCAACGACGCCGCCACGACAAAGUCCCACAGCAGCCACAUUGACAGCGCCAACGACGCCAGUGACACCGACGGCGGCGACGGUGACGGCGCAUAGCAAUGGCAACGGCAACGUGCACAGUCCCAAUGCAAACAGUCAGCCCACAAACAGAUCCGAGCGAGCACCGCCCGCAGCAGCAGCAGCGCCCACACAGCGUUCGCAGCGUCGCACGUCGCGUCAAGCGGUGGAGGAGGUCGCAUCGCGACGUCGUUCAUCGCGUGGCACGCGCAAUGCCUCGGCUGGAACAGCGGCUGGUGGCGGUGGAUUGCGUUAUGUGUCGGCGAUAGCGGCAGCAAAUCAAGCGGCACGUCCAUUCCUGGAUCUGCCGCCGGGCUAUGAGAUGCGCACUACGCAACAGGGUCAGGUGUAUUUCUAUCACAUACCCACGGGCGUGUCCACGUGGCACGAUCCGCGCAUACCGCGCGAUUUUGACACGCAGCAUCUGACGCUUGACGCGAUUGGACCGCUGCCCAGCGGCUGGGAGCAACGCAAGACAGCAUCGGGUCGCGUCUACUUUGUGGAUCACAAUAAUCGCACCACACAGUUUACGGAUCCGCGUCUCAGCGGCAGCAUACUGCAAAUGAUACGCCGUGGCGGCAGCGUGCCACCAGCGACACCAAAUACAGCGGCUGCAUCAACAGCAGUUGCCACAGCAGCAGCGCCAGCUGCUCCGCCGGCGGCAGCAACAGCAGCGGCGCCGUCACCAGCGAACAAUGCGGCGAAUUCAACGUCGUCGUCGACGACAACGACACCACAUCGCAGUGCGACGCAGCACAUUGUGGUGCCCGAUUUGCCGCAGGGACUGCUUGAGGGCGCCGAUCUGUUGCCGAAGUACCGCCGCGAUUUGGUGGGCAAGAUGCGAGCGCUGCGCUCGGAGCUGCAGACGAUGCAGCCGCAGUCGGGCCACUGUCGGCUAGAGGUGUCGCGCAGCGAGAUAUUCGAGGAGAGCUACAGACUGAUUAUGAAGAUGCGCGCCAAGGACAUGCGCAAGCGGCUCAUGGUCAAGUUCAAGGGCGAGGAGGGACUGGACUACGGUGGUGUGGCACGCGAGUGGCUGCAUCUUCUCUCCCGCGAGAUGCUCAAUCCACAGUAUGGAUUGUUUCAAUACAGUCGCGACGAUCACUAUACGCUACAAAUCAAUCCGGACUCUGGUGUGAAUCCUGAUCAUUUGUCCUAUUUCCAUUUUGUGGGACGAACGCUGGGCAUUGCUGUGUUCCAUGGCCAUUGCCUUGAUGGUGGCUUCACCACGCCCUUUUACAAACAACUGCUGAACAAACCCAUCACACUGGGCGACAUUGAGGGCGUGGAUCCCGAGCUACAUCGCAGCCUCACUUGGAUGCUCGAGAGCAACAUCAGCGGGAUCAUUGAGUCGACGUUCAGCGUGGAGAACAAUAGCUUUGGCGCUCUGGUGGUGCAUGAACUAAAGCCUGGCGGCGCCGCAAUUGCCGUCACCGAGGAGAACAAGCGCGAGUAUGUGAAGCUCUAUGUCAACUAUCGUUUCAUGCGAGGCAUUGAGCAGCAGUUCCUGGCACUGCAAAAAGGCUUUUGUGAGCUAAUACCCAGCCAUUUGCUGCGGCCAUUUGAUGAGCGCGAACUGGAAUUGGUCAUUGGUGGCAUCUCUAGCAUCGAUGUCAACGAUUGGCGCAACAAUACGAGACUGAAGCACUGCACCAACGAAACGACGCAAGUUCUGUGGUUCUGGCAGGUGGUUGAGUCAUACAGCUCGGAGAUGCGUGCGCGUCUGUUGCAGUUUGUCACUGGAUCGUCGCGUGUGCCGCUGCAAGGAUUUCGUGCGCUGCAGGGAUCGACGGGUGCGGUGGGGCCACGCCUCUUCACCAUUCACCUUACCGCGGAUGUGCCGACACAAAAUUUGCCCAAGGCUCACACCUGCUUUAAUCGCAUCGACUUGCCGCCCUACGAAAACUAUCAGCUGCUGUGUGACAAGCUGACACAGGCCGUGGAGGAGACCUGUGGCUUUGCUGUGGAAUAGUUACAAAACGCGCACAACCCCAAACACACAAUCACACACAUUUGCACAUCUGCAUUAUAUCAUACAUAUAGAAGACGAAAGCGAUUUGAAAUCAAAAUUAUAUUGGCCUGGGCCUGUGAACCAUUAUUGCAUUGGAAUUUGUCUGUUGAAUUAUGCGCUCGGCAAUGCUGUUCUUUUUUAUUCUUUUGCUGCGCCUUUUGCAGUUAAAAAAAAAAACAAAAGCAAAGUUGAUUUACACCCACACACAAAAAAAACACAGACUUAUUACGUAAAUAUUUAUGUGUUGCUCGAAAGCAACAACAGUUCUUAUACAUAGUUACCAAGUGCAUAUAGACCCAACGUUAGCGUACUCGUGAAUCUAAAUACGAAUAUCUACUUGUAUUUUGCUGUCUACCCUUGGCCUUUGUUUGUUUACGUCGUGUUAUAAAUUGUAGUUUUAAAUUUUAAAACCCGUAUACAUAUACACAUUAUAAAUUUACACACAUAUAUAUAUAUAAAUCUAUAUAUACACAUAUAUCAUAGUUGAUAAUUAGGCGUACUAAGGAAGAGCAAACAAAAACAACCAAUAAUAACAAAUUUUUCAAUUGUAGACAUUGAACCGGCAAUUGCGUGCUUUUGUUUAGUUUUUAUUGCAUUUUUAUGUUUAUUAAUUAUAUUUUGUACAUUUAUAAAAAAAAAUCAAACUCACUGAUAAGUUUUUAAUUAUUGUUAAAAUUGUCCUUAAACCCACACACACAAACACAUAUACACUCACACAAACACUCACACAUGCAUAUACAUAUACAUACAUAGAGAAACAUAAAACAAAAGAAAACAAACAAAUGCUUGAAAAAU